GGAGGAAGCGGUCUAGAACCGUACAGUAAAACAGAGAGGAAGGAGCACCGAGGGACAACAUGGCAUCCCCGAUCCAGGACGACGGACUGCAGCUGGAGCUGGAGUCAGUCAUCGGAUUUAAUGGGCACGUGCCCUCUGGGCUGAUCAGUCAUCCGGACAGAGAACACCUCAUCUACCCCUUGGGGUGCACAGUCAUUAUCCAGAGUGUGAACAGACACAAGCAGCACUUCCUGCACGGUCACACCAAUAACGUGUCCUGCGUGGCCGUCUCCAAGUCCGGGAAAUACCUGGCCUCAGGACAAGUCACCUACAUGGGCUUCAAGGCAGAUAUUUUCCUUUGGGACUACGCCAAGAGAGAGUCCUGCGCGAAGCUCAGUCUACACAAAGUCAAGGUGGAGGCGCUAGCCUUCUCUCCAAAUGACCGAUUCCUGGUGUCUCUUGGAGGGCAGGAUGAUGGCAGUGUCGUCCUGUGGAACGUGGCCACCAGAGAAGCUAUUUGUGGCAGCCCAGCGUCUUCUGUCAGCGCAGGACACGCCCUGACCGUCACCUUCACCAACAACUGCGAUGACGUGUUUAUAACAGGAGGAAACGGGACCCUGCGUGUGUGGGAGGUGGAUCUGCCCAACCGGAAAAUGCGCCCCACCGAAUGUCAGAUGGGUCAGCUUAAGCGGGUGGUCACCUGCCUGACGGUGGCAGAAGACGACAGCUGCUUUUACUGCGGCACUUCUACAGGAGAUAUUCUCAAAGUCAACACCAAGAACAAGCUGCUGAACAGCUGCGGACCUCAGAAGGACCGAUUCAGCCUGGGGGUGACCUCUCUGACCUCGCUGAAAACUGGAGAGUUUAUUAUUGGCUCCGGAGAUGGAAAAAUAUCCCUCUGCAAAGCCCCAAACUACAAAGCCGUUAAGAGCGUGAACCUGCAGGGAGCUGUGAACUCCAUUACGCUGAGAGGACAGGGGCACCAGUUUUUCGUUGGGACCGGACAGUCCCAGAUCUAUCGCUUUAACUAUCCAGAAUUCAAAGAGGAGAUCAUCGCUACCUGUCACAGCGAGGCCAUCAACGACAUCGUCUUCCCCUUUGGUACGUCAGAACUAUUCGCCACUUGUUCCAAGAAUGACAUCCGUGUUUGGCACACCACCAGCCACAAGGAAUUGCUGAGGAUUACCGUCCCCAACGUGACCUGUAACGCCAUCCAGUUCAUGAGAGAUGGGAAGAGCAUCUUAUCAGCCUGGAAUGACGGCAAGAUCCGAGCAUUCACCCCCGAGAGCGGCCGUCUAAUGUACCAGAUUGAGAACGCACACAACAUGGGAGUCACAGCGGUUGCCACCACCAGCGACUGCAAGAGGAUUGUGAGCGGCGGCGGAGACGGAAGGGUGCGAGUGUGGGAGAUCGGAAGAGAAAGCCAGAGGAUGGUGGAGUCCAUGAAGGAGCACAAGUCAGCAGUGUCCUGCAUCAAACUGAAGAGCGACAACCGCGAGUGCGUUACUGCCAGCUCUGACGGGACCUGCAUCAUAUGGGACAUUGAGAGGUUCAUAAGGAAACAGAUGGUCCUAUCCAACACGCUGUUCCGCUGUGUCUGCUACCACCCCGAGGAGUUCCAGAUCAUCACCAGCGGCACCGACAGAAAGAUCGGGUACUGGGAAGUGUUUGACGGCUCCGCUAUCAGAGGACUUGAUGGAUCCAUGUCUGGAGCAAUCAAUGGGAUGGACAUAAGUGACAGCGGAAGUCACUUUGUCACAGGGGGAGAUGACAAGCUGGUAAAAGUCUGGGACUACAACGAGGGUGAAGUAACCCAAGUCGGCAUCGGUCACAGCGGCAGCAUCAGCCGCCUAAAAAUCUGCCCUCUCUCCAAGUACAUCAUCAGCGUCAGCACUGAUGGCGCCAUUUUACGCUGGAAGUACCCCUACCCUGUUUAGGUGGUCCUUCUGUCCCACCCUGUUAAGUCAAAAGAACACUCCAGGUAGAUCUGACACACUGGGGGUCAUUUACGAAGAGCGCUAUGCCUGUAGGGGGCGCGUCGAGGGAGUUGUGGGGUGUGGCAGGGACCGGGCCCGGAUUUCGGCCCCAUCAAAUUUCACUUCUUUUAUGCCUGGAAAGAGGAGUGAAAACCACUCAGUCAGGGGCUGGACUGGUUUUCACUCCAGGCGCACGGACUGGCGGAGAGGUGCGCCUAAUUUAUGACGAGACGCACUCCUGGUCAUAAAUGAGCCAAAUCGCAGAGCGGAGUAAAAUGCCCGUCUUUGUAAAUGACCCCUACUUUGUUAUGUCUAGAGGAGGGCCUGAGGGGGUGGAGCAUGACACAGGGAUUGAAAGAACCCAAAAAGAUGGAACCCCCUGUGUCAUGUCCCCCCUCCAACCCUGUGCUACACAUAUCAUGAUGUAUCA